UGGAUGAAGAAUAACAAGACCUGCCCUCUGUUAUUGUCUUAUAAAUAGAAAGCGGAGCUAUCACAGAAAACACACAUUUUUUAGUUCAUCAAAUGUAGUCAAACUCCACAGACAGCGAAACCAAGCCGUCUAUUUACUGUAACAGCAAUUUGUUGCAUUGGAAUAAUAGGUGGGAUGCGUCGGCGUUUGCUUCACAGGUUAUAAGAAGAUCCAAGAAGAAAUGGGUGAAGUCCAGGACGUCAGGGAUGUCAAGAAGCCCUUUGUUGCUCCUGUAUUGAAACCUUUUGAGCAUUAUGACUUCUCCAGGGCUAAAAUCUGUUGCAACCUCACAUGGCUGGUGUCCAAAGCUUAUGGGACAGACAGUGUCCCUGCUGACCUCCGGGAGCCGUUCUACACAGACCAGUAUGAACAGGAGCAUCUGAAGCCCCCGGUGGCCAGCCUGCUCCUGUCAGCUGACCUGUACUGCCGAGCGGGGAGCCUCAUCCUAAAGAGUGACACAGCCAAACCUCUGCAGGGACAUGAGGCUGUGAUCCAGGCUCUGGCCCAACGCGGGCUCUAUGUCACAGACCAGGAGAGACUGGUCACUGAGAGGGACCUGAGGAAGAGGCCUCUGCAGAUGAGUGCUCAUCUGGCCAUGAUCGACACACUGAUGAUGGCUUACACAGUGGAGACCGUGAGUGUGGACAAAGUCAUGUCCUGUGUCCGGCAGUAUUCUUCACCAGACUCUGAGGAGGAAACGCCAUACGACACAGAGGACACUGUUACAACCUGGGUCAACAAGGUAAACGAGUAUCUGAAAGACAUUUUGAUCCAGGAGCAGAAAAUGAGGGAAACUCAAAACACAGAUCCAACUGGAGCUCCUCGGGCUCGCUACAGGAAAGAGCAGGGCGGCUCACAGCCAGUUCCCUGGAUCCCUCCUGUGGACAACCUGCUCAAGGACAGCUCCGAUGGCUCUGCUCUGGCCGCUCUGCUGCACUUCUACUGCCCUCAGCUGCUGCCAUUGGAGGACAUCUGCCUAAAGGAGAACAUGACGUUGGCUGAUAAACUCUAUAACCUUCAGCUCAUCCAGGAUUUCUGCAAAGACAACUUAAACAGCUGCUGCCACUUUAGCCUCGAAGACAUGCUGUACGCCUCCUCCACCAUCAAGAAUAACUACCUGGUGUUCAUGGCAGAGCUAUUUUGCUGGUUUGAAGUUGUUAAGCCAUCUUUUGUGCAGCCAAGGAGUCUGGAAAGCAAUGGUAAAGAGCCAUCAUCACUGUUAAAGGAUGUGCCAGUAGUCCCUAUUUCUAAGGCGACCAAGAGGAGCUUCAUGGAAAGACCUCCCAGCCCAGAAAGACCAAGUUUACCACUCCGACCUCAGCCACGGAACUCAGGAGAGAUCAAGAGGUCUACCUCAAUGUCUUUUGUUGAUGGGAACCUUGGCACCUGGCCCAAAGAGAAAAGGUCAGGGCCUUAUGGGGUGUCUUUUGAUAUCCCAUUUGACAAAGAAGACUCCUCCCCUGCUCCUAACCUCUCUACACGAGGCAUGGUGCGGUCUGUCAGCACAGAUGAUGGCUCUGGUUUUAAAGUACACAACCUUCCUCGAGGGAUGAAACGUAACUUGUCAUUCCAGCCGGUAAACGGGCAGAGUAUUGGUAUUGAGGAGGAGGGUUGUCCCGACAGUCUUUGCAGCAUGGAGCAGGGAAGACCAGCUUUUCCAAAUGGACAUGGCAACGCAAUGAGAAAAUCGCCUUCAAUGGAGGACGCCCUGCUGUUAAUCCAGAGCCCUAGCAGACCCCCGGUGGAAGGGAUCAACAGUGGGUUCUUCUUACACAGUCAGGAUCGUGGAGCUGCAGUCGGAAGCUUGGAGCCAGUUUCGGAGUCAGAUUCCAAAACUACGGAUACUGCAGAGGUGGAUACUGGUAUUCACAUCCAUACUGAAGAUAUGCUGGAUGAAGACUCUUCUUUGAAGGAUUGCUCUAUGAAUAUGGACCUUGAUAUGGACACUCCCAGCCCUAGUCCGAGCAAUCAGAGCAAGUCUCCCUCAGGGGUGAAGAUGACAAGUUUUGCAGAGCAGAAGAUGAAGAAGGUCACUCCAUCUGCACCCGAUUCAGGGCGGGGCAGUAGCAGCUCUAUAAAGACCCCUCCGGAGGGCUCAGAAUUUGGGUUACCUUUGUCUGUCUCCUGGGCUCCUACUCCUGAGCACAGCCCUGUCCAUCUUCAACAAACCAUUCUCUCUCCCAUCACGAAGACAACCCCCUCCCCUGUUCAGCUCCCACCCAAUGACCCCGCUCAGGUUAUGGCCACUGAGAUGGUUCAGCUGAGGAUUCGUCUAGAGGACAAACGUAAAGCGAUUGAAGCACAGAAGAAGAAAGUAGAGGCUGCUUUCACUAGACAUCGGCAAAAGAUGGGUCACUCUGCAUUCCUCAAUGUUAUGAAGAGGAAGGGAGAUGGAGCUGCUAGUUCCGAAGAGGAAUUAGGAAAGACAGCAAGUCCCACAUUCAAAUUUGGAAGGAGCAAAACAGACACGCCUGAUGGAGCAGAGCAAAGCAACACUAGCUCAUGUUGGACCAAGUCACCCGGUUCUGGAGAGGAAGGAGUCCAGAGCCAUCCUCAGAUCACAGAAGUAGACUUUACAGAAUACACUCGUUCUAUUGAAAAACUCAACCAUUCCCUGGCUUUCCUCCAGUCUGAGAUGCAGCGACUGUCCCAACAGCAGGAAAUAAUCAUGGCCAUGAGGGGGCAGCAACAGGCCUGGGUCAUACCUCAAUCUCACACAAAUACCCAAAAACACAACCGCAGCGGAGCCGUCACGCGAUCCUCUGGCCCGUCUUCGCCUGUAGACUCCCCACGUUUCACUCACCGAUCACCCACCAGCAUCAAGCGCAAAUCUGCCUCUUUCCACUCCCGCAAUCCACGCACAGCUCGCCCUAAUGAACUCAAGCUAGCCCCCUACAACCGCGUGUUAACCGCCCCGCAGUCUGUAGACAGCAUCCCCAGGCUACGCCGCUUUUCUCCUUGCCAGCCCUUAGCGAGUUCUUUUGUAUACAUGGGGGAGAAGCCAGUGUCUGCCAAUGCAAAGAUGGCAGAGAAAACUAAAGAAAUGGAGUCAAUUCUUAGUCGGGGGAAGGUGCAUAAUGGUAAGAGUGCCGCCAAAUCACUUCCCACGUCCCCCAACAAAGUGAACAUUAGAGAGUUAGAUUUAAUCCAUGAAGCUAUUAACUAUGCUUCCAGUGAUAUUGAGACAGAGCUAGAGGUUUCAAAGCCCGUUCUUGAGUCCACAUUGUCUGAAGUCCUUUCUCACCCGGUUGUGGAAAGUUUCACUAUGUCACCUGCAGAAUUACCCCCAGAGUUGGACCCCUCAGUCCAAGCAAAGAGCAACCUUAUUGAGGUGCCUCUGUCUGUAGUGAAGUCAUUAGAAGAUCUUGCCCUAGAAGAUGCCCUAGAUCCUCAGCCUGGUUCUGGGGACAGCCUGGAGGAGGAUCAGAAAACAUGUCGGGGAUUUUUCUUCAAGGAGGAUGGGAAGGCUGAGGAGAACAUGGCCCAGAAGAGAGCAGCUCUAAUGGAGAAAAGGAUGAGACGAGAAAAAGAAAGUCAACAGAGAAAGAUUCAACUAGAGGCUGAGCUGGAGCAGAAGAAAGAGGAAGCACGUAUCAAAGCGGAGGAGGAGCGCAUCAGGAAGGAGGAGGACAAGGCCAGGAAGGAAUUCAUAAAGCAGGAGUAUCUGAGGAGGAAGCAGCUGAAACUCAUGGAGGACAUGGAGACACUCAUCAAACCUCGGACACAGAGACGGGGACGGCCCAAGUCUAUCCACCGGGACAAUCUGGAGUCUCCUAAAACACCUGUCAGGGCUGCCACAGUGUGCAGCUUGUCAUUGGCUUCACUCAAUCAAGUGGAUGACAGCGAAAAGAGAGUUCCAAGGCCAGAUUCUGCCGAUGGCUUCUUGUCUCCAAGUCGCUCCAGCAGCAGGAAUGGAGAGAAGGACUGGGAAAAUGCAUCCACAACCUCUUCUGUCACAUCCAACACAGAAUACACAGGUCCAAGGUUGUACAAAGAGCCCAGUGCCAAAUCUAACAAGCACAUCAUUCAAAACGCCUUGGCUCAUUGUUGUUUGGCAGGAAAGGUCAAUGAGGCUCAGAAGAACAAGAUAUUAGAGGAAAUGGAGAAAUCAGGGGCCAAUAACUUCUUGGUCCUUUUUCGAGAUGGUGGAUGCCAGUUCCGCUCUCUUUACACCUACUGCCCUGAGACAGAAGAGAUUAACAAGCUGGCAGGCAUAGGCCCCAAAAGUGUCUCCCGGAAGAUGAUUGACGGCCUCUACAAAUACAACUCCGACAAGAAGCAGUUCAGUCAGAUACCAGCCAAAACCAUGUCUGCUAGCGUAGAUGCUGUGACUAUUCACGGUCACCUGUGGCAAACCAAGAAGCCAGCCACACCCAAAAAAGUAGUACCACCACAGAGCUAAUGCCAAUCUCCUCACUCAACAAAAGAGAACAGCAUCUGCACUUCACUGUACAUAUCCAUAAAGAUUCAAACACCUGCAAUGCCAAUGUAAUGAAUGCAUUUAUGUUUAUUUAUGUUUAUUUAUGUUCUUACAUCAACACUACAUAGUCAUCCUUGUUGGGUCUAUGGACUGGUGUAAAAUAGAUCUGACAGGACUCCUGAAAACUGGAAUGUACGUCACUAAUGCUGAGAGAGACUCUUCUCUCUGUAUUUUUCGAUUGUUUUUGGUAAUUAUGAUGCGUGUCUAUUUUACGAUGUGCCAAACAUAAGGAGACAGUAUGAAUGACGGGUUAUUUUCCUCAAUACACCAAGCACUGAAUGUUUUAAGUCUUGUACAGAAUAAUUUGUUUACAUUUUUGUGUAAGCCUUCUGUGUAUUUUGUUUUUUGUGGGAACGCACUAAAUUGUUUUAUUAUAUGAAUGAAAAAUAGUUUCUCAGUUACCAGUUGUAUAAUAAGGUAUGUAAAACUACAUAGGGCCAAAAACGUGUUGCAUACAGCUAGCAUUAGCCUCACACAACAUGUGUGUCCAGCUCAAAGCGUAGCGGUUUCAGCUUUUUACACAAGCCUUUUCAGGACUUUUUACAGAAAUGCUGGGUAAUAUUCAAAACAAAGCCUGAUAAAGCUAUAAUGUAUUUUCGUUAUUUAUGACUCAGUGUAAACUAUUAUCAUAUUAAAUGUUCCUGUCAUACAUAGUGUGUAUGACUGUAGUCUUUCUUAAGGUUUAUGGUCUGGCUGUACAGGGAAGUGGUACAAAGAACCGGUGUGAUAUUUUGAUGCCGGUUUGUGUUAUUUUGAAUCUGUCAGUAUUAUGUGUGAAGGAAGUUUAACAGUAAGGUACAAUCACAGCCUCAUGAUUCUGUGAAAUAAAAUGGACAGUGACUGAAAUGUUAAAUGCAAUUGUGUGAAUCAGGACUUAAAGUUCUGUUUGUAUGAAUACUUUCUUGACCAUAUUUAUUCAAUAAAG